GUGCUCCUCUCUGUGCUCCAUAUGUCUUUGUGCUCUUCAUCGACAGAAAACUCCGCCGGACCCGAGGCUCCGCUGGCGGCUCCCGAGCGUCUCUCCCCGGGACAGGCUCCGUGUGCGCGGCCGCCGCCACUUCCACCAGCGGGGUGCGUGGCUGAUGAUGUGCUGUGAAGAUGGAGGCUCCUGAAUACCUGGACCUGGACGAGAUCGACUUCUCUGAAGACUCUGUGUUUUCUGUGACGUCUCUGAAGAGCAUCCCAGAGCUGUCCAGGAGGAGCGAUGGUCAGGCCGACGAGAGACCAGCUCCAGCCAUCAACUGGAGUCGUGGGGUUUCCUCCCACAGUGGCGGGGGAAUCAAACCCACGGGGCUUGCCGAGGUCCAUAGUAAGUUCCGGCCGGUGAAGAGAGUCUCUCCCCUCAAACACCAACCUGAGACGACAGACUCAGACUCUGAUGGGAAAGCCCCGGGUCAGGGGCUGGGUCUGGGGGAGCCAGGGGAGGCCAGUAAAGAUGACCCUAGCUCCGACAAGCCAACUCAUGCCUCCACCUCCUCCGACGGGCCGGGGGGGAAGGGGAAGGGCCUGGCCAGCGUCGGCGUCGGUGUCGUUGGAGGGAACAACCCUCAGGCUCUGUUCGGGGAGCUGGAGCACUACGAUCUGGACAUGGACGAGAUCCUGGACGUGCCUUACAUCAAAUCCAGUCAGCAGAUGUCCACGCUGCCUCGCGUCCCCCACGACAAGCGCUCAGUGACGGGGAGCAACCUGGGGGGGGGCACGCUGGAGAGGACCCGGGGAGGAGGACUGAAGAGCUCCACUUUAUCCCACAACGAGCCUCUGAGCCUGGGAAGCAGCAGCUCGCAGACUCAGUACUGUGUUCUGUCUCCGGUGAAGUGGUCGGACCUGAGGAAGUCCAAGUCCAUGGAUCCAGAUCUCCACCACCUGCACCGCUCCCAGACUGGAGGAGGUUACCAGCCGGAGCUGCUCUCCUCCGGACUCCUCAGCUGCUCCUCCUCCCUCUCCUCUUUUUCUGAUGCAGACAAGCUGCUGUCAGCGCGGGUCUACCCAGACUCCCAGACCCAGAGGCCGGGCGUGGAGCCUCCAGGGGGCCCGGCUCUUAUGUUCCCCCUGCCAGGGUGCAGCGUGGGCAGGCAGGACGGCUCCAAGCCCAGGGCCCCUGGAGCAGGAGGAGGUGCAGGAGGGGCUGGUGGGCUGAGGGGGUUCGGAGGAGGAGGAACGGAGCUGGACGAGGAGACGAAGAAGAACCAGAACAUCAUGAACAUCGUCAGAGAUGGACAGAUCUCACUGCUGCCUCACCUGGCAGCAGAUAACCUGGAGCUGAUCAGAGACGAUGAUGGAAACAACCUGCUGCACAUCUCGGCGUCUCAGGGUCACGCCGACUGUCUUCAGCAUCUCACCUCUCUGAUGGGGGAGGACGGACUUAACGAGCGCAACAGCCAGCAGCUCACCCCUGCAGGCCUGGGGGUCAAGAACGGUCACCUGGAGUGUGUGAGGUGGAUGGUGAGUGAAACUGAGGCCAUCGCUGAGCUGAGCUGCACCAGAGAACAUCCCAGUCUGAUCCACUAUGCUGGUCGCUAUGGACAGGAGAAGGUGUUGCUGUGGUUACUUCAGUUCAUGCAGGAACAGGCGAUCUCAUUGGACGAAGUCGACCAGAACGGAAACACGGCCGUGCACGUGGCCGCUCAGUACGGACACCUCACCUGUAUACAGACUCUGGUGGAGUACGGCUCCAACGUGACGGUCCAGAACCAGCAGGGGGAGCGGCCUUCCCAGAGUGCCGAGCGGCAGGGACACACCACCUGCGCUCGGUACCUGGUCGUCGUGGAAACGUGCAUGUCGCUGGCCUCGCAGGUCGUUAAACUCACCAAGCAGCUCAAUGAACAAGCAACAGAGAGGAUGACUCUACAGAAACAACUGCAGAGAGUGAUGGACCCCAACAAGGCAGAAGGAACGCCCUCCCGAUCCCCCAGCUCCCAUCAGCCCUCAGUGGAGGCGUGGCCAGAGAUGAUGUUGACAGCAGAGGGGACUGACGGUCAUUGGUCGGUUCGUCAGGGAGGAGUCAGUCAAGACGCUGUGGUCCGCCAGCUGCUGGGGAAGGAGGCGCCGGACACGCUGUGUCCCAGGGACAAGCUGCCUCCUGCAAGGGGCCUGAGCAGAGAGGGCCCCGCUGGCCCCGCUGGCCCCGCUGGCCCCGGUGGCCCCGCUGGUCCAGGGGCCCCUGGGGCCCCCGGGCCCCGGGCCAGCAGGACAGGGCUGGUGGAGAGGAGAGAGCUCAAACUAGCGAGACUCAAACAGAUCAUGCAGCGCUCUCUCAGUGAGUCUGAUUCGGAUGGUUAUCCCCCAGAGGAAGGUAAAAGUCAAGGGGCCCCGCCCUCAAACACUGUGCGCCCUGAUAGGCCGUCGCACCUGCCAAUCACAGAGGAGGAGCCCGUGUCAAAUCACCUUAAUUUGACGAUGAAUAAGCACCUCCCCUCCUCUUCCUCCUCCACAACUGAGAGGAAGCAGGCUUUUUCACUCAGCGGGUCAAAGUCAGUGGACAGCAUUGGUUACAAUCCCUCCCCCACCUCCAGCGACCCCGAGGCCGCAGACGCCAAAACAACAGACGCCUCUGCCGACCUGCAGGACGCCGCCAACGGCCAGAAAGUCGCCACCAGCCCCAAGAGUGCACUGAAGUCCCCCUCGUCCCGCAGGAAGACGUCCCAGAACCUCAAACUGAGGGUGACCUUCGACGAGCAGGUCCACAAGAGCUCCAGUCAGGAGGCGGAGCCCACCAAAGUGCAUCAUGGGAAGGAGAGGACUUCAACAGGAGGCUCUGAGAGCAAGCGGCCGUUUGGGGCGUUCCGCUCCAUCAUGGAGACGCUGAGUGGAAACACAAAUCACAACAACAACAGUGGUGGUCAGUCGGGCGCUGCCUCUCAGAACUCACCCGGCAGGAAGUCAGAGGGUAAGAGCGGCGCAGGAGGAGCCAGAGUGAAGAGCAGGACCAGCAACGUUUAACCAACCGGCGCCUGGUGACGGCGCCGAGAGCACAGAGCCAAUCACCUACGAGAAAACAGACUGAGAGGCAGCGGACAUGAGAAACCUCAACAUCGACGCCUUAAAACAUCAGUUUAGCUGGGGCUGCAGUGAUGUCAUCAGUGAUGUCAUCGAUGACAAUAACCAAUAACCUUCUCAUCACACGAGGUUUUUAUUAUACAGUUUCUCAUGUUCUUUACCUCAAACAGUUUUUACAGGUGAGAAGUGAAACUGUCUCAGUAAAUAUAAAUCGAUGCUGUUACUGAAUCGCUGGCGAGCGACGGAGCUGAAGCUCCACGCGACCGACGGAUGUGUUUUUAUAAACAUUGAGUAUUAAUCAGCGUCUGUGGAAACGUCUCCAUAUCUCACUUUAUUUUGCUUUUUUCACAUUCCCAGAGUUCAGUCGUCUGCGAAAACAAAACUUUCAUCUUUUCAUCAGCAGAUUAAAAGUUUCUCUGAGUUACACUUAUGAUGAACAUAUGAAUUAUUAAUAUUUAUGUUGAUGCACAGUUAUAUGUUCUGUUAAAUUUUUUAAAAUGUGGUUAUAAUCAUGCACGCUGUUAACGUGCACCAGCACAAAUACUUUUAAAACCACUGUAUAUGAACUUGUAGUAUUUAAUUUUUUGUAUGUUAUAUGCCACACGUUUUUUUACUUUCAGUGUUUAUUAUCUAUGCAGUAUUUCAUGAAAUAGACGUUAGUUGUGUGAUGUGUCUUUUAGACGUGAAGGUAACAGAUUACUGCGUUCAUCAUCGACUGAAGCUUCAGACUCUUCAGGUUCCUUUCACUAGACACAGUCGAGAUGUUCUUCACUACAUUUCUUUAAAAACACUAAACGUUAUAAUGAUUAAAUAUAAUUGUUUAUUUUAGAAAAACUUUAUUUUGUGGGUCUUGAAAGUUUCUCAUAAUUUCCAGUUGCUUCCUGGUAAAACAAACCGUGUAGUUGAAGUAAGACGCAGUCGGUUGUUGGUGAAACGUUAUUUUCAGAUAUGGACGUUUAAAAGUGACAUUUCUCUACAGACGAGUUCUUGGAGCCUCUCAAGUCAAAUCAAGUUUCUAUAUGUUUUUAUUGUGAACACAACCUAAUUAUAUUUAUUCAUGUUUACACAAAACAGUUUGAACUAAGUUUUAUUAACAUGUAAUUUGUUAAAAUAAAUUUGAAUGCGCUUUGCUCGCUACUGUCACACAAUAGGUCGAGCUGAUAGUGGUGUGUGUGAGCGCCCUCUGCUGGAUCACAAGGUAAAUUACUAAUAACUGAAGUUGAACAGGUUUAAAUAUCAAGUUUUUCCCCCUCGAGCAAAUGUCGAUUUAAAAAAGUGACCAAAUAAUUGUCUUUAAAUUGAGUUUAGCUGAAAACCAACAGUUAAUUAAAAUCUCACCAUAACAUCGUCUCCAUGUUUUUUAUCAUUUCAACCAAAUUACAUUUGUUUUUUUGUCAGAAACUUUCUGGGAAAGUUGGUAAAAUACAGAAAGUAAAAAAAGUUCAAACUUCUUCACAUGCAGGAAAAUGUUGAAUCGUCUGAGCUCUUCCAUCGAACAGUCGUCGUCCUGUGCGACUUGGUGAGAUUGUUUUUGAGAUUCUUCUUUAGUUAGAAGGUCACAUCAGGACGAGGGAGGCGGAGCUGGCGACAGUAAGAUGAUGUUUACUCAACGCAAAAAAAAUAAAAUAUCAGUGAAUGUUGGAAAAGCCUUUUUUUUAUUAACCUGUGUGUAAAGAGACGGACGACUGGUUUUCAGUCCUGUAAUUUAAACUAAAGACUGAAAUAAACUGAUGUCUGGACUUCA